AUGAACCCCCUGCCAGAAGACAUGGAGAACGCUCUCAUGAGGAGUCAGAGCUCGCACACUUCCCUGCGCGACAUCCAUUCCAUCAACCCCACGCAACUCAUGGCCAGGAUUGAGUCCUACGAAGGAAGGGAAAAGAAAGACAUAUCUGACGUCAGGAGGACUUUCUGUUUGUUUGUCACCUUUGACCUCUUAUUUGUAACGUUACUGUGGGUCAUAGAGUUAAAUGUGAAUGGAGGUAUUGAGAACACGUUAGAGAAAGAGGUGGUGCAGUAUGACUACUACUCUUCUUAUUUUGAUAUAUUUCUUUUGGCAGUUUUUCGAUCUAAAGUGUUAAUACUUGCAUAUGCCGUGUGCAGACUGCACCAUUGGUGGGCCAUAGCGUUGACGACAGCACUGACCAGUGCCCUUUUACUAGCAAAAGUGAUCCUCUCAAAGCUUUUCUGUCAAGGCUUUGGCUACGUGCUGCCCAUCAUUUCCUUCAUCCUUGCCUGGAUCGAGACGUGGUUCCUGGAUUUCAAGGUGUUACCUCAAGAGGCAGAAGAAGAAAACAGACUCCUGAUAGUUCAGGAUGCCCCAGAGAGGGCGGCACUGAUACCUGGUGGUCUUUCUGAUGGUCAGUUUUAUUCUCCUCCUGGAUCCGAAGCAGGAUCUGAAAAUGAAGCUGAAGAAAAGCAGGACAGUGAAAAACCACUUUUAGAACUAUGAGUAAGACUUUUGUUAAAUGUGAAAAACCUUCACUGAAAGUCACCAGAGGG